UCCACCCCCCCUCCCCUCUGAGGCUAUGUCCACCGAGUGCAGAGAGGGGAGCAGGAUAGGCACGCAGCCGCCACCACCGCAGUCGCACCGGGGCCAAGGAUCCCGGGAGGACCCUUGCAAGAUGCUCUUAGGACUUCUGGGUCUGGAAGAAUGAGCUUGUCCUUCCUUUUCCUCCUCCUCUUCCUCGGCCACCUGAUCCGCAGCUCUCGGACUGAAGAGAAGCAACUCUUUCCCAAAGCGCAACUAGGACCCACAGUCAGUAACCGUAAUCGAGGGGACAGCGGCAGCAGGGGCAGAAACAGCACUUCUUCCUUGAUUUCUUCUUCCUCCUCUGCCUCCUCCUCUUCUUCCCUGGGAAUUAAAGGCAGCGGCUCAGAGCGGAGCAGCUUUCAGUGGAGCCCAUCGGGACGCCGGACUGGCAGUCUCUACUGCAGAGUUGGUAUCGGUUUCCAUCUGCAGAUCCAUCCGGAUGGCAAAGUCAACGGCUCCCACGAAGCCAAUAUGCUAAGUAUUUUGGAAAUAUUUGCUGUGUCUCAGGGGAUUGUAGGAAUACGAGGAGUUUUCAGCAACAAAUUUUUAGCGAUGUCAAAAAAGGGAAAACUCCAUGCAAGUGCCAAAUUUACAGAUGAUUGCAAAUUCAAGGAGCGGUUUCAAGAAAAUAGCUAUAAUACCUAUGCUUCAGCCAUCCACAGGACAGAAAAGACUGGAAGAGAAUGGUAUGUGGCACUCAACAAAAGAGGUAAAGCCAAAAGAGGUUGUAGUCCAAGGGUCAAACCCCAACAUAUUUCUACACAUUUCCUUCCAAGAUUCAAACAGUCAGAACAGCCAGAACUUUCUUUUACAGUCACUGUUCCAGAAAAAAAAAAGCGACCUCCUAACGUGAUCAAACCAAAAGUCCCCCUUCCUGUACCUCGAAAGAAGCCAAAUACAGUCAAAUAUAGACUCAAGUUUCGCUUUGGAUAGCAGUUGGUCUUGUGAGGAGACUUUUUUCCCUUCACUAGUUGCUAUCAGAGCGACUAUCUUCAGAGUUCUAGACCUAGAAUGUAGGACAAGCUGCACUUUUCUCCAUUAAAGCAGUGCAGGGAGGUAACAAUUUGCAACUCUAGACUCAAGCAAUGUUGCUGAUUUACAAUGAAGAAGCAUCCAAACUGAAGUGAUGUUCUUAGUAGGAGCCUAAAAGGAAGAAGAUGGCUUCAAAUCAUGAAAAUGGAAAGCCUUUUGUUUGCUUACUUCUCAAUGGCAUUUGGACCUCUAUUUUCAGGACUGAUUGCGUAUUUUGAUGAUUUUUACAAAACAAAUUGAAAGAACAUACAUGGAACAUUUUUAUUUUAUUUUCCAAAGAAUAUUUUGGUGCAGAGAAAAUAUUUUAUUAACUCUUUUGUUUUUUUUUAAGAAAAAAAGCAUAUUUUCUUACUUUCAUUAUUACAAUUUAAGGAAUCUUUUAAUGUAAUAUACAUCACUUCCAUGCAUUUAAAGCUCUUUUGUAAUUUAUGUGCAUCUCUUCUGCAUUUUCUUUUCUCCCAGAUUUUUCAUUAUUUUUAGACCAUACCUCAUCAGAUGUUCUACAUUUAGCUCUGUGUCUUAAAAUGUUUCUUUCCUUCCCCUCAGAGCCCAAGGGUCAUCUUGAUUUCUUUUCUUUUUUUUUUUUUUUAAUAAUUUUGCUGUAAUGUGGAUUCAUUCUUCUUUGAUUACGGGACUAGAAUGGGGGUUGGAGUAAAGGCAAGAAUACACAAAAAGAGGCUUUGGGGAGAAAAGGGAAAGGCUUUUGGAGGGACAAAUACAGAAAUCAUUUUUGAUUCCAAAUAUGUACAGCAUUUGGUCAGGACAACCCUUCCCUACCCUUCCCUCCCCUCCCCUCUCCUCUCCUUCCCUUCCUUUCCCUUCCCUUUUCUUCCUUUCUUUUGUUUCCCCACAAUUACUCACCCAUCCACCCCACACCUAACAAGGAGAAGAAUACAUUUUACUUUGUCCAACAAACAUGCUGAAUGGAGGGCUUAAAAUACCUUUAAUGUAACAUCCCUGCUAGAUAGAGCUAUGAAAAAACAUUACUCUGCAAGAAAACAAAAAGAACCAUAUUCACUUCAAAGAUUAUUAGAUGUCCCUGUCAUCAAAAAUUGCCACUGUAGUCAUAAAAUCAAACUUUUAACAGUCUUUCCCUUCCAAAGAUAAUCAACCAUUUCUAUAAUAAUGGCAGCCUUUCAUUUCGAUAGGAAACAAGUGAUAUCUACUGGAAGGCAACUUUUGAAAAAAAAAAAAAACAGAUGAUGGUGUCUAACCCUGUUUCAUAUUUUAGAGCAAGUGGUAGUCUACAAAUUUUUUUCUUAAUAUUAGUUGCAUAAUUUAUUUAUUUACUUGAGUGCUCACUUAUAUGCAAUUUUUGUGAAUAUAUUUGAAUUCAUUUUCUAUAUAGAAAUGUGGCAAUAAAAUGGUGUAUUGAAUAUGGAAGUUGUGUGUCUUUCUUGGUAAGAAUGACAUAUUUCACAAAAGGUAUCUAUUUCAUCACACUAUUGGUCUCCUAUUUAAGAAAACAAUUAAAGAUAUAUUUGUUGCUCUGUAUGUAUGAAUACUUAAAAAAAAUCAAAGAUGCAGCUUUUUUUCUGUAUAAAUGUGAUAUAAAAAAAUUUACAAGACUUGAAUGUAUUACCAUUUAAGUCAGCCUGGUUUGUUUCAGUGGGAUAAAAAAAAUGUUCUCAUUAAUUAUGCUAAUAUAUUUUAAAGCAAUUAGUAUAAAUAGCAAAGCCAUGCUGUAAUCCAAAUAGAGUAUUCCAUUAUAAAACUAAUAAUUUAAUUAAAAUUUAUUUCAGUUUAAUGCAUGGUUUCUUUGUGAAUUCAAGGCCUUAGUUUUGUUGUUUGUUUUGUUUUGUUUUGUUUUGUUUUAACUGCAAAACUUACAAAAGCUAUAAUUAAUUUACACUCUAAUACAUGCUUCAGGUUUCACUUCAUUUGAUGGUAAUAUAGAAAAUUUUACAAAUACAGAUGUUAUUUUCAUCAUGAAUUGGCACAUCCAGCUAUCAAAGCUAGGAUAUUUUAUGUACAUAUACAAUAUAUUAAUAAUUUUUAAUCCAUAAUAAAGCAUAUUUGUGAUUC